GUGGGGAAGCCAUCCAGACUCGGAGCUUUGUGCCCGCGAGAACUGUCCUGGCAGGCCUGCCUGGGGGUCCUCCUCCCCUGGCACCUGAUCGGGCUGGGGGUCCUGCCGUCACCAGCAAAACCGCCCCAGCCAGGUCAGCAAACACCAGUGUGGCUGGAGACCUUUCUGGUCUAGAGAAUCUCCGGGGCAAGACAUCAUGAUAACAAGGCAGCUCCUCGCAGCUGUGGCACCAGGGAGGCGAGUGUACAAACUGCUGUCCAGGGAACAGGCUUCAGACCCGAGCACGGCCAGCACCUCCCACUGCCGCCUCCGCCUGUGACUCCCAUGCUGGCUUCGGCCCUCCCACCGGCUCCUUUGAAGACUGAGCUGCAGACCCUUGGCCCACUGGGUCCCAAGUCCACCUCCGUGCAGCCUGGCAGGAGGCCUGUGGCCCGGAGCUGGAUGGCAGUGCUUCCGCAGUGAGCACUGGGGACCCCACUGUCCCCUUGGCUGGCUGUGGCGGCGGUGCUGUGCUUUGUCCUCUGCCUUCCCUCCUCUCUGGAGAACCAUUCCUUGAACUUGGCCCCUGCUCCCAGGAACUGGGCUCUCUGUGUGUCCUCCCGCAUCAGCCAUCAUCCCAGCUGAGCAGCCUGACUUAACAGGUGGACCACUCAGGACACUAAAUGCUGCCACUGUGGGAGCUUCCUGCCCUGGCCAUGUGGGGCCCCGGGAUGUCGACGGCAGCUUGGAUGCAGCCUUUGCCUGCCGUGCGGCCUUUCAGACACGAGACGGUGGGCCUGCCCCCCAGGGCCAGCUCUCCGUUCAGGUAUUUCUCGUCCUUUUUCGGUUGUGAAAGCAGAUCAGCCCCAAAGCAAGAAGUUCCUGAUGAAAUAUGCAUAAAAAGGAACCUCAAAACUAGCAAAACUUCCACAUUCCUGCGCUCCAGGGAGGAACAGAGAUCAAGAAGGAAGGGAAGAGAAAGGCCAUGCCACCUGUCAGCGAACCCGGGAGCCGGAGGUCCCUCCCUUGACCAGAGCCCCUGCAGGAUCCAGGCCCGGCCACAGGGCGAGGCUGACGCUGCAGACUCCACGGACGGGGGUUUCCAAGGCCUGAGGACAGCCAUCCCUCGGGGUGAGCUGCCGGCGCCCCGGCCCCAGUGCCCACAGCGAUCCCGGCACUGGGCGGCCCCGGUGUCAGGUACGCCCGACACACCUGCAAGCUCCCUGCGGCCCCGCGUGGCCUGUGUCCCUGCGGCCUCACCCACGCAGCACUCUGGUCCUGUUUGCCUUUAGUGUCCUGACUCUUGGUGUUACUGCGUGUUUGUUUCCGGGAGAGCUUCAGCACUGGGGAUGCUGGUCUCCUCAUGCUCCCCUGGGGGACCGAGGUGGCCAUGGGCUAUAAACGCCUAUGCACAGCUGGUGGCCUUGGGCCUGUGCUGGGGCAGACGCUUUCCCCAGUCUAGUGUUUCCGACUGUUAUUUUUAGUCCUAGAAAUGCAACUUUCCAACUAGUCAAAUUUGUUGAACUUUUACUUUAUUUUCACAUCCUUCAGUCUGUGGAAAGCAAGUGUGGUCUACAUUUGGGGUAGAUGUUCUCUUUUGUUCUCGCCUCGCUUUCGCGGGGCUUGCUUUUCACGCGGUGUUCUCUUAACCCAGACGGGUGUUGCGCUGGUCCCCACGUUUCUUCCCAGAUGCCCUGGGCAUCUGUCAGUGCUUCCUUGUCCUGCUGCCUCUGGAUCUUGUUUUCUCCUACAAUAAACAUCUGUUCUGACCUGUUCA